AUGAACAUUCGUGUUUCCGGUAACUUGGAGGGCCCCACCGUUGUGUUUCUUGCAGGAUGGCCGGAUACGUCGGAAGUGUUUCGCGACAAUAUCAUGGAUGCCUUGGCGUCACGCUAUCGCCUCGUUGGGAUCACGCUUCCCGGCUUUGACCGUCAGUCGCCUCAGCUGCAGAUAGUGAAGAGAUGUCGGAAAGUUGGGGGGGAGGCGAGAAACGGCAAGAGUUAUUCAAAAACGGACUGUCUUCGUCUUCCACGCAUGGGGUAUUCAUUCGAAGAGCUUGUCGAUUUGUUUGAGAUUGCCCUUUUUGCCGUGAUGGAGCAUCACCCGUUCGAAAGACCCAUACUCGUGGCGCAUGAUUGGGGAUACGUCAUCGCUCGUGAAUUCCUGCUUUUACGACCAUACUUUUUCUCACGCGUCGUGAUGCUGGACGGUGGUGGGGCUGUUGCAGAUCCGGUUACACGGAAAGACGGUGCAUGCAGCAGUGUUGUUGCGGGUGGUAUAUGGUGGCAGUGGUGCAAGGCGACACUUAUUUUCAUGUAUCACCUGUUCAUUAUUGCGUCGUUUCUCAUACUCCCCACAUGCCUGGGGAAGCCAAUUCUGCGUUGGUUUCAGCAGCUCAGGCAUAGACCGCAGUACGAGUACACGCGUCAUCUUCCAACCUGGAGUAGUGAGACAGAUGGGGAGGAAGAACUACUUAUGGUUCCUUUUUGUAUACAUAGGGACACAACGGAUUCUUCUCGAAAAUCGGUGAGGUUUCUGGACAUUUUCAAUGUGCUCAUGCAUUUCAACGGUGGCGCUGGUGACUCCGAAAAAACACAAGAUGUGAGCUGCCUGGCGGCAGCAUUCAAUCCAAGCCAAUUUUACUACGCAAAUAGCUGCAAUUUGUACACUCAACCACCAAACCCCAGUGCCAGUGGUAUUUGCUACACGUGUUAUCGGUACCGGGCUGCCAAGCCCCAUAAGAGUUCUGAAUUGCCCAGCAGACGAAGACGUCCUUCUGCAAUGUCUUCGGGCGGGAUUCACCUAAACAGCACUCCGUCACACGAUGACGAGGCGGUUCCAGCUAGCGUUGAUGUGGAUCCUUCGAGUGGGUGGAUUUAUCUCCGCUACUGGAUGCUUUGGGUUUCGCGCUUGCUACCGAGCUCGCAACGUUUCUUCAUCCCCAUCAGCGUUCCUGUUUUGUUUCUCUACGGUACCGAAAAAAGAAUCAUGCUGCAUUCACAGGAAUGGAUUGAGCAUAUUGAGGAGAAAGGGAAACGUGAUGGCUCACAGGUUGUUGCAGUCCCAGGCGGCCACUGGUUUUUUGCGGAAAAGAAGAACAAGAAACGAGUGGCGGAGCGAAUUGUCGAGUUUUUGGAUGCCGAGUAG